AUGGUUAUUGGGAAAUCAUUAAACCCACGAUCACUUAACAAUUUUACGGAUAUUCCAGUUGUCUACAAAGGAAAUAAAAGUGCUUGGAUGACCUUGGCUUUGUUUGAGGAAUGGUUUCACAAAAUAUUUGUUCCAGAGGUAAAAGGGUUCCUUCGUGCCGAAAAUCUUCCCGAAAAGGCUCUAUUGCUUAUUGAUAAUGCUCCAUGCCAUCCCAAAGACGGCGAGUUAAUGAGUAGUGAUGGUCAAAUAUCUGUAAUGUGUCUUCCUCCAAACUGUACUGCACUUAUACAGCCCAUGGACCAGAAUGUUAUAAGACUUACGAAAUUGAACUACAAAACAAGCCUUUUAAGUGACAUCGUUCGCCGUGGAAAAACAAUAGACGAAUCUCUGCGAAACAUCAACUUAAAUCACGCAAUAUGCUUUUUAGCUAAUGCCUGGAAUGCUGUUAAUGUGACCUCCAUUCAGUCAUCAUUUCAAAAACUGUUUGAGGUAACAUCCGAAUGGGAUAGUGAAGAUGUCAACCCUCUUUCAGAGUUACGCUUACAGCUUGUUGAAGAUACAUCCAGUAUUCAAGCAAUUUCAAAUUUGCUUCAAGAAAUAGAACCAUUGCAGCAAAUAUCCGAUUCUGAAAUUGAGCAAUGGAUUGCUGAACCUAUUUUGGAGUCUUUUGAACAAAAUGAAGAUCCCUGUAUCAAUUGUGACCUUACUGAUGGUGAAGAAACAAACAACGUGGUAGUAAAUACGAAGAAAGUUACACAGGAGGAGACUAUAUCAGCAUACAAUAUUUGCUUAGAAUGGGCUGAUCAAAAUAAUGCCUCUUUAGACGAUAUUAUGACGCUCCAGAGUCUUAGAAGCAGCGUAGUACUGAACAAGCGAGCUUGCACAAAACAAACAAAAAUUUCAAAUUUUUUUAGUUCCACAUAA